CGGCUGUUCACCGCAUAACUUCGACAACGACGACGAUUAGCAUUAAAUACUGUGUACGUGUACCCGCUGUUUCAAUAAGAUAUUUCAGAUGAAGUUUGGCUGGUCCUGCCAGGUGGAGUCUUUCAGCGCUGAGCAGUUCAGGACUUCAUGCAUGGAUGCCUUUUCUUUCUUCUCAGCAUGUAGCGUGUGGUGUCAGGCUGUUCGCUGUUGAAAACCCUGGACAAUCAGACGCUGCACUUCAGUGUCUUCAAACAACGUUCAUCAGUAAACUUGUCAGACAGGAAUUUAUUUUAAAAAGACCUUGAAGAUCUGAUCAACCAGCACAAUGAUGCAUUCAAAGUCUAUAUGUGACAGUCAAAACACCCUUUCACUCAGAUCCAAAAAACGACUACUGGAACAGUUACGCCGUGAACAGCAAGAAGUGAAUGCCAUUACACAGCCAUUGCUGGAGACUGAGGCUCGAUUCAUCAAGGAUCUGGAUCUGUACCUCACUCACAAAGACACACUGGACCUGAGGAAGCGCAAACUCCUCCAUAAACGCUGGACUCAGAGUGUGUGGCAGCCGAUUCAGCGGAGCAUUCAGCAACACUUUAUAGAGCAUGGAUAUAAUGAGAUGCAGAAGAUGAGGAGCAUGCAUGCACACUAUAUAGACUACUGUAAUGCUAAGGGUUUUGUGUUUCUAGAGAGUUAUGAUCCUCUAGAGUACAACCCAUUCCUACACUAUUUUAGCACACCACAAUAUCACAAAAUUUCCACUCCAGCAUUGGAGGAUCCUCUGUCACUUCAUUCCCGAACAAGGAUUAAAGAAAAGGCGGCAAUACUUCGCUGUCAAACAGGUCACAUAUAUCAGCGCCAGCAGGUGGAGGAGAUUCUCCAGAGUCCACCUGAUUCCCAGCAGAGCUUCAAACAGGCCAAAACCUCCAGAGAUUCAGGCUCACUGAGACUUUGGGAAGACUGCAGAUCAAGAAGCAGAGGGACGACACAUGCGACUCCAGCAGAGAGUCGAGGCUUUCACCGUCAGUGUUGUUCCUCUUAUGCCUGACGACAACAUUUGGUAGGGCCUUUUAUCAUUAGUUUACUGCGAAUGGUGCUUAUAUCAAUAAAGUGCAAUAAUUAAUUAGGUUUACUGUAUGUAAUGCGUGUUUGAACAGCACCUAUUAAAUUCUGCAUUGUAAUUAAAUAUUGUCAAUUAAAAUGCAAAUAAAUGUGGAUGUGAAACAGAAAAUAAA